AUGGCUGGUUGUGGUGAAGUUAGCCACACUACAAAUAUGUUGCCCACAAAUAAGAAGCUAGGAGAAGCUUGUUCCAAUGGUGCCCCAAGCCUUGCAGUUCCAGAAUGUGCUAUCUGCCUCCAAACCUGUGUUCACCCAGUCAGUCUUCCCUGCAAGCACAUAUUUUGCUAUCUGUGUGUAAAAGGUGCCUCGUGGCUUGGAAGGCGAUGUGCAUUGUGCAGGCAAGAGAUCCCUGAGGACUUCCUGGAUAAACCAACUUUGCUUUCCCCCGAAGAGCUAAAGUCUGCCAGCCGAGGGAACGGGGAAUAUGCUUGGUACUAUGAGGGAAGAAAUGGUUGGUGGCAAUAUGAUGAGAGGACGAGCAGAGAGCUGGAAGAUGCCUUCACAAAAGGCAAAAAGAAUACUGAGAUGCUGAUCGCCGGUUUCCUUUAUGUAGCUGAUUUUGAGAACAUGGUACAGUACCGUCGAAAUGAACAUGGACGCCGCAGAAAGAUGAAACGGGAUAUUGUGGACAUACCAAAAAAAGGUGUUGCUGGGCUUCGACUAGACUGUGAUGCAGCAAAUGUAAACCCUGCUCGAGAAAGCUCAGCUGAUGGUGCAGAUAACAUUGCAACAUCAGGCCAGCCUACUGCUCUUUUACCUGUUAGACCUCAUACAGCCCUUGGUGGUCAGACUGCAAAUCCCACCCUUGCAAACUCGCAAACUGAUGGCACUUCAAUUGACAGUGCAUUUUCCCAACUUCAGAUUGGAGAUCAUGAUACGGGUAGAAAUAACAUAGGGGAAGGUGAAGAAGGACUUCCACAGCUUGGAGGCAGAGUGCCACCUCCUGAUACCACUGUAGAUGAACCUGAAUCAGAUGACAGCAGUGAUCAAGGGAUUCUUUCACUUCAACAGAACCCAUUUCUUGUUCAGCAGAGACACGUCAUUAUAGGUGCUACGCAGCAAGCACCAGAUCGUGCAGCUGCAGCAGCUAAUGGUGCACAGAGUGCCAGUGUGAGGUCUAGGAGACCUGAUGGACAGUGCACAGUUACUGAGGUUUAA